AUGCGAGUUUUGGGCAGAACUAGUAGGAGUGCCGGCAGCCAGUUGUCCAAACUUGCCGCUGCCACUUCAUUGGUGGAAUCUCGAUACCCUCUCACCGAAAACACCUUUAGAGAAUAUGGCAUUAAGGAAGGGUUAUUGCCAAAGCAUUUAACGCUGUCUAAUGUUGCACCCUUUAACCAGGCGAAUGUUUACUUGGAGAGUCCUCUGCAUUUUAGCAUGAAUGAUUGCGGCAAAGUAGCAAAGUUUGAUACGGAAGAACUGAAUAGAUAUCUCCCAGAGGGCCUUUGCGGAGAAUUGACAAAAGAUAUGACUAUGUUACCGGAAAACCAGCCUUUGGGAAUAGUGAGUAGAAAGACCACAAUGGACCUAAUAUCACAACUCUCACAGUAUCAAGCGAGUGUAUCAAUUGCAGCUAAUGGUUUUCUACUGGACGGCAAAAGGGGCUCAGGGAAAAGUUCAAUACUUAAUCAUGUUGUUCUAUGGGCUAGACAAAAUGGUUGGUUGGUUAUUUUUGAACCGGAUGUGUCGCGUUAUUGUCGAGAAAUUGGAGAGAUUAAGCGAUCAAACGCGAACAUUUUCAUUCAGAGUGACUUUGCUGCAAAUUUAUUGGCACGGAUUAAGGAAUCGAAUGGGGAAUUGUUAAAAAAAAUACCGCUAAAUAGCAAAAUAUUCGGAUUAACUUCACUCGAUGGUUCUAACGUCAGAUACGCCCGUAGAGCUUUUGAUCCGUUAAUCCAAAAAAUCAUCGCACAAGACCUAGAAGAUUUUCAGGGCGACAUUGACCUAGAACGGCUGAGAUUGUGGCAUAAGUAUCGCAAUGAUUUCAAAUUACCCUCUAUAAAAAUGCACCUGCAACCAAAUACGCUACUUGAUAUCGCAGAAUUUGGCGCCUCAAACCCACCGUUAGCUAAUCAGGCGUUGUAUGAAUUGUUUGAGCAACUAAAGCAACAGACAUAUUAUCCAUUGCUAAUAGCAAUCGACAAGUGGAAUGAAUGUUUUCCUGUAUCUGAAUACUUAUCCGUCAAGUAUCAGGGUACAAAGUACCAUGGCUGGAUUCCAGGUUACAAUCUUUCCAUACCCAGGCUAUUUUGCCGAUGGGAUGGGUCUAGCUACAGGAGAGGGCUUAAAAUUGUUGCCACAAGCUGGAACCGUUACAAACGACGUAAAUUUAACCCGUUGUUAUUGGGGAUACGUACCAACGAGAUACGUACUGUUAGAAACUUCACACCUAUGGAGUUUGGGAAUUACGUUGCAAAUAUGCAUUUUAACGGCACUUUACACGAUUUUCCCCCGGAUAAGGUGCCUUACUACUACAUGAUGUCAGAUGGGAACGGAUUUGAGGCACGGCGACUACUUGCACUGCUUUACUAG